AUGAGCUUAGAGUAUAUACAAGAGAAGCUCAGAGAAGCGACACGCAACCCCGGCACAAUAGAGGCAUUCAUCACGUAUGAAAGCGUCCAAAAAGUAUGGGCCGGGGAUCAGCUGGAACAAUUUCUGAAGACCCAAGAUCCAACUCUGGAUAAAUCAGAGAUAGAUGCAGCGCGACGUGACUUAUUGCGUAUGAUAUCCAUCCUCACGGGUGUCGUUCCCCGAGAUUGGUCAGGAUGGUCGAGGUUCAGACAGAUCUUCUUCCCGUCAGAUAAUGUUGACGCCGAUCGUCGUCGCGAUAAAAAUAUCCUCACAUUCACCGAGGAGGAACUUAGGGUCCCCUCCUUUCUCGGGGAUACCAACCUGGCCACCCACUUCGUGGGUCACAUGGGGACUUACUUUCCAAUAAUUUUCAACGACCAUAAGAAUGACGCUUAUGGAAAGAACCCCCGGUGGCCACUAUAUAAAGAGGAGGAUGUAUUUCGGGAGGGUGGCUUCGGAGAAGUGACUAAGGAAAUCAUACCUCCGCGCCAUAUCAUCCUGGGCUAUGUGCGUGAUCACCUCGGUAUACCAGAGCUGCCGUAUCCAGACAAACUCAUAGUUGCCCGAAAACGCUUCCGCGACGGGAGGUUUCAGGCUGAAGUGAAACAAUUGAAACUUCUCCGAUCAAGCCUGUCCAGCCACAAGCGAAUCGUUCCUUACCUUGCAAUGUUCUUCGUUGGAAAGGAGUUGAACAUCAUCAUGCCAUGGGCGGACAUGGACUUGGAAGAUUUCUUGAACAACCGUUACAGAGAGAUGCCAUAUACUUCACAUCUGCUCGAUGAACUUAUCCAGGAGUCCAGCGAGGUUGCAUCUGCCAUCGAGUUCUUGCACGAAAAUCUCCAAUUGGAAAAUGAAGGGGAGGACUCUCGCCACCUAGCAAUCUGUCAUGCGGAUCUCAAGCCUAAGAAUAUUUUGGUCUUCAUGCGCGAAGGCUCUCCUUCUACGGGGGUUUGGCGAAUUUCUGAUUUCGGUGUCUCACGAGUAGCAAAUCGUGCUCUGUCGGCAAAUGGGAGGCAUGACUCGGGAUACCCCACUAGUUUGAUGAAGCAUCCUCCAAAAGGGGGUCCAUACCGGGCACCAGAAGAAAAUGCUCAACGAAGGAGCGACAUCUGGUCGUUCGGGUGCAUACUAGUGCGUGUUUUUGCCUUGGGGCUUGAUCCUGCCAGUCUGGCAGAACUUGACGAAAAGCGAAAGGAAUCACCCGAUGGACGCGCUCUGGACGAUUGUUUCUUUCGAGGAGAACCUCCUACUCUCAAUCCGAGUGUCGAAACUUGGAUUGGGGGUUUAGCGACCCGAUAUGGCGCUUCCCAUGACCCUGGUUUCCUUGAGAGAAUGCAGAAACUUCUCCGCUCUAUGCUUGAGGUGGAUUUCCGCCGCCGCUCAUCGGCAACUGGAGUUCGAACUGGCUUACACGAACUUUAUUCCGCUCCCAUACGUUCUGAGUCCAACCCACCACCGUCUAUUCAGACUACUCCGCGAACCUCGGUGAGCGAACCAUCAAGCACGUCAAGCCGUUCUCCAAGCAGUGCCAGUAGUACCGGCACAGUUGAUCGACCCAGACCAGUAAAAGACGUGAGUGUUCUUGUCACUGUCAUAAAGUCUGCAGGCAUCAACCAAGUUCGUCAAACUCUGCAAGACGAGAUUGAUGUGGAACAGUGCUAUGAGCACGAACGUCCUUUGAUCCAUGCUAUCGAGAGGUCCGAUGCUACUAUAGUCAAAGAGCUUUGCGAGUAUCAAAAAUUACACAACCGAAAGUUGGACGUACGAACCCUCUCGUCCAAAAAGCAAACACCACUCUACCUUGCAGUUUGCAAGGGUGAUUUCGAAACUGUGAGAGCUGUGAUCGAUGCCUCUGAUUCUAACACCGAUAUCAAUACUUUCUUGGACGAACUGUGUGAGGGUAAGACUCCGCUCAUGCAAGCAGCCUUCCUCGGCCACGCUGGCGUGGUCUCCCUGCUUUUGGCACGGGGUGCAGAUCACAGAAUUUGCGUGAAAGAAGAGAAGUUGAAUUGCCUACAUUUUGCGGUGAAGCCUGACAAUCGCGCUCAAGCAGACGUCAUCAUGGCCUUCAAAGACAAGAUGGACUUUGAUCAGCUUCCGCCCGGUACUCCACUCGAUAUUGAUGGGAAUCCAUCAAAGACUCCAGGAUAUGAAACGCCGAUGAUGAUGCACAUCAACCUCGCACCGGCAGGUUCAUAUCAAUCUUUGGCACCAGGCUCUCUGUGGCGACGUAAAUUCAACGCACUCCUGGAAGGAAAAGCCGACAUUAAUAGGACCUACAAUCCAGGAAUAAGCUAUUUGAAGGGGACCCCUUUGCAAGUUGCUGUGAAGGAAAGGAAGGCCUUGCUUGUUCGGGUGCUUGUUGAUUCGGGUUCAAUCCUUCCAGUGAACUACAAGAUACCGCCAGGAAUAUCUCAUGACAUGAAAAAGUCUCUCAAGAAGGCAUUAAAAAAACGUCCAGGGGCGAGAUCCUAA